CAACACGGGGGGCCAAACUGACCAGAAAAGCUGUUAUUCCUUGGACGUGUGUGAAUUAUAUACAGGCGCCUUUAGGUCAUUUUACCCCGGCGAGCCAAGACGACCCCCGGGGUCCUUUUGGCUCCGAUGACGCCAUCAAGCCGUUCCUGGACCACGGUGGGGAAAACGUGGAGGGUGUCAACGCGCCGAGGAGCCGACGCUGGUCCACUUUUGUAACUAUUACAGGUUUUCACUUUUUGAAAUCAAACCAUAUGACCGGUGUUCUCUACGUAGUCUGCACAGUCCUGCGUAGAUGUCACCGAACAUGAGAGGAAACUGGUCGAUUCAGCGCCGCUGCUUGUAUUUUUGAAAUAGCAUUGCCCCAAGCUAGCAGUGUUCGCUAGGCUAACUACGUGUCAACCCUCAUCUUGGGCCGUUCCCACUGAGCUAAAGAGCACCACCAUCACGCCACCCAGAAUGGAGUAUAUGAAAGCUCCUGCAACAAGUAGCCAGGGAAACAUCCUGUGCUGUACCUGCGGCAUUCCUAUCCCCCCGAACCCAGCCAACAUGUGUGUGGCCUGCCUGCGCACUCAGGUGGACAUCUCAGAAGGGAUCCCCAAACAAGUCACAGUGCAUUUCUGCAAGCAGUGUGAAAGAUACUUGCAGCCACCAACGACCUGGGUGCAGUGUGCUUUGGAGUCCAGGGAACUACUGGCCCUCUGCCUGAAAAAACUCAAGGGUUCAAUGACUAAAGUACGCCUAAUUGAUGCUGGUUUCCUGUGGACAGAGCCACACUCCAAGAGAAUCAAGAUGAAGCUGACCAUUCAGAAAGAGGUGAUGAAUGGAGCCAUCCUGCAGCAGGUGUUUGUAGUGGAGUUUGUCAUUCAGUCCCAGAUGUGUGACGACUGCCACCGUGUGGAAGCCAAGGACUUCUGGAAGGCUGUGGUUCAAGUAAGGCAGAAGACUGUUCACAAAAAGACGUUCUACUAUUUAGAGCAACUGAUCCUCAAGCACAAACUGCACCAGAAUACCCUCAACAUCAAGGAAAUACACGAGGGAAUUGAUUUCUACUUUGGCUCCAAGCAGCAUGCUCAGAAGAUGGUCGACUUUCUUCAAUGCACUGUGCCCAGCAGGUCAAAGACAUCCCAGCGCCUUAUCUCCCAUGACAUCCACUCAAACACCUACAACUAUAAGAGCACCUUCUCUGUGGAGAUUGUACCUGUCUGCAAGGACAACGUGGUGUGCCUCUCACCGCGGCUUGCCCAGAGCCUGGGGAACAUGGGUCAAGUGUGUGUGUGCAUCCGUGUGACCAGCACCAUCCACCUCAUUGACCCCAAUACCCUGCAGAUUGCUGAAGUGGAUGGCAGCACGUACUGGCGAAACCCCUUCAACAGUCUCUGUAACCCACGGCAACUGGAGGAGUUCAUUGUUAUGGAUAUUGGCAUCAUCCGCGACCAGAAGCUUGGGGCGGGAGCUGGCCUUCGGUCCACUAAGCACACCCUGGCUGAAGUGUGGGUCCAGAAAACAUCAGAGAUGAAUACCAGUCAGCAGUACUACUGUCGAACAUUCCUGGGCCACCUGCUCAACAUAGGAGACCUGGUGCAUGGCUUUGACUUUGCCAAUUCCAACAUCAACGAUGAGCACUUAAAUAAGAUGAACCCUCACUAUGUUCCCGAUGUGGUGCUGAUCAAGAAGAGCUACGACCGGAGCAGGAGGGUGAAGCGCAGGAACUGGAAGCUGAAGGAGCUGGCCAGAGACAGGGAAGGCAUGGACACGGACAAUGAAAGGCAAUAUCAGGACUUCCUGGAGGACCUGGAGGAGGAUGAGGCUCUCAGGAAGAACAUCAACAUAUUCAGAGAUGCAUCCAAAAUCCCGGUGGAAAGUGAUACCGAUGAUGAGGGAGCACCCCGCAUUUCCCUGAUGGAGAUGCUGGAAGACCUCAGCCUAUCGGAUGCCACAGGAGGAGAGGGUGCUGACAUGAUGACAGACUAGCCAGUCCGGAGCCUGUUGGUAUCAUACUGACAGCUUACCUGUCCAGUGAGGAUUCUGCAGGAAUUGUAUUGGCAGUCUAUCCAGAGUCAAAUAUUACAUCUUUUCAACCUCCAGGAGACCAUGGUCUUACUCAGCCGGUCGCAGGUGGGCCACCAUACUGUAUUUGUAAGGUGGUCUGAUUUAGACACUCUUCAGAGUUGAGAAGCAGACUUGUGGGCUUGAACGACACCACUUUGUUACUAGAUAUCUUGUGCUUACAGUCACGAUCAGGUUGCAUAGAGAGAAGACACGUUCAGUGCUACGCACUGGUCAUUAACUUAGGUUUUUUGACCCCUUCCCUUGUUUUACGAUGUGGAAGUGAUCUGGAAUGCAGUGAUGUGGAACUAUACUCAAGUCAAAAUAAAUAUUUGCCCAGCUGCACAGUUUUCUUGGACACGUGCUCUGUUAAAGGUGAAGAGUAACAGUAUGGCGUGGGUUACUAAUUAAAAAGGUAAAAAGGGGCGUCCAGGUAGCAUAACGGUCUAUUCUGUUGCCUACCAACACGGGGAUCGGCGGUUUGAAUCCCCGUGUUAUCUCGGGCUUGGUCGGGCGUCCCUACAGACACACUUGGCCGUGUUUGCGGAUGGGAAGCCAGAUGUGGGUAUGUGUCCUGGUCACGGCACUAGCGCCUUCCUGGUCAGUCGGGGCACCUGUUCGGUGGGGAGGGGGAACUGGGGGAAAUAGCGUGAUCCUCCCACACCCUCCUGGUGAAACUCCUCACUGUCAGGUGAGAAGAGGCAGCGGGUGACUCCACAUGUAUGGGAGGAGGCAUGUGGUAGUCUGCAGCCCUCCCCGCAUCGGCAGAGGGGGCGGAGCAGCGACCGGGAUGGCUCGGAAGAGUGGGGUAAUUGGCCGGGUACAAUUCGGGAGAAAAGGGGGGGGGGUAAAUUCAAGAUUUAGUUUGUUGUCAUUUUCAUUUUCAUUAUGUACCUGCGCACAUAAAUAAAAAUGAAAUGCCGUUUCUCCCAGCCCCCUCCUAAAUAAAUAAAUCAAAUAAAAAGGUAAAAAGGCUUGAAAUAAAGAUGAAUGGAUUGGCUAAACUUCAUCUAUUCCUGUUGGGAAUUAGAAGACUGGUUCGCACAGAAUGAUAGAAAAACGACCCGGCACCAGUGCCCUUGAGCAACACGGUGAAGAUCCAGAUCCAACACAUCCUGCAUCCUGACCUCAAAAUGGUACGGUCAACUGAAAAAAGGACUUGCUUCCUCGUGGAAAAAUUGUCAUAAAAAGUGUGGCUGGUGGCUACAUCCACCGGAGGGGGGUUAGACUUAUUAAAACGGCCUGUGCCCUGGUACGCUUGCGUUCAUAUCCUUUCAUAUUAAAUCAAAUCUAGACGUAUUGUUCCCCGAGUCCCCAGGUAGAAAUGAGACCGCAGAAAGUGAUCUGAAGAACAAGCUGCAGAGUUCGUAUUAUAUUGCUGUGAAAAGAUAUUGUCAUUUGAUAGAGUCGGUGUGGAACAGCACCCCACCCAUGUUCUGGCCACACCAAUGCCCACACAGCACCACUGCCAAGUUGUGCCGUGCUUCCAAAUUUGUGCCCAAGGAACGUCACAUCCACAUCACGUCUGCUCAGACAAAAUGAAAAGGUUCACUUAGCCUACGGAGGGAAAGACACACUUUUAAAGAAAACGUCAACCAAUAUGGCUUUUGCCUUUUAUCUACUAACUGUAGGGCAGUGGCGGCUGGUGCUAAACAUUUUUUUUGGGGGGGGGGGGGGGUUUACCUUGGUGCAGCACCCCUGACAGCUGCUUUACUGUCCACAGUCACAGAGUUAUUAAGAAGGACCAUGUAGCCUAUAGAUUUUAUCAGGGUUGGUAGACGGUGGAUGGUUGACAGUUGAGACGAGGCGUGGUGGUGGGUGUGAAGAUGAUUGACAGCCACGAGAAUUGUCCAAUCACAUUAGAUCAAAAAACAUGAAAACGAUACCAAUUCACUGUCAACAAAAGUGGGAGUGUCUGGGGCAGCACAGAACUGCGCCCCCUGGAAAACCAAUCAGACAUAUUUAACACGUUUAAGUAUUUUCAUCUCUUGAUGUUUGAAGGGCGGCGCCCCAGCGCCCUCUACUGGCCAGUCGCCACUGCUGUAGGACACCAGUAUAUGGUUAUAGAAAAGUCACUUUGACAAGGAGGCUGUCAUGUCAGUGCGUGUUCGGCAAUACUGUAACCCUGCAUAGGCUGGUCUGCUUGCAGUUACUCAACCAAUCAUACAGCACUAAAUUAUUUCUGCUGUGCCAAAUCUGACAACAGAAAUAAGUGCUGAUUGAACGCAGACCUCAAGAUCUGCAGGACAAGGGCUACGUGAGCAGGGGCGUCAAUUCACUAGAAGCCAGGGUAUGGCAAAGUCAGAUGACAUCACAUCUGACAUCACGUGACAUCAAAUCAAGUCCCUCAAAUUCUCAUUCCAUCUCAACCAUGUGGCUCUGUGCCAGUAGUUGGCUACAGCCAUUUCAUUUACACAAUCGCGUCACCCUAAUACAGCCAGAGCCUUGACUGGUCCACCUCGACAUUCCUCAUCGCCCGCAACGGAAUCUGUAUCCCCGCCACAGGGGGAACGCCUCGGCCCUGCUACAGAUUAUAAUAUGGCAAGGAUGUAUUAUUGGUUUUCAUGUUUUUCAACGUGAAACUUUUUUCCACAAAAUUAAAGAUGGCUACUAAAAAUAAAAAAUGGUCACCGGUAAAUGGACAAAACCCCACUGGAUAAAACCACACAGUCAGCAAUUCAUUUAAAACACGGAGAAAUGUGUAAUUGACAUAUAUUAUUUCACACUGACCAGGCAGCCAAGGUAUGGCAGCUGCCAUACCCAAUUGACACCCCUGUACUUGAGGACUGGGAUGGGAAACACUGGGCUGUAUUUUUAUAUAUGAGGCAGCAGAUUACCACUUUAACUGCUGUCAGAACAUUAAUGUAUUUUGGUUAAGGGGCCCGUACGGGUGAUUCUUCAAUAUGGGCCACUUUUGGCUUUUGACAUUUUGAAAAAAUAAAAAAUUUCUUUAAAAUCUGUUUUUUUCUUUUUCAAAAGCUCUGUUAGUGGUGUGGAACAAAUAUCUCAGCACAGCUUUGGUCGUCCUACAAAAUAAGUUUGAUGGUAUGAUGCUUUUUUCAAAGUUGUGACAGCAAAAUGUGAUGUAAUGACACGUGAUGUAAUGACAGUUUUCACUGGAGAAAAAGUUGGCUAAGUCUUAGACUUGCUAAGCUAACUUGUUAGCUACAAUGGAUACAGGUGAAU